CGACUGGCGGUGGUGUGGUUGGCGACCCUGCCCUUCAAUCUCUGCGCACAAAGCAAACAACUCACGCCUUCUUCACUCACUCGCCCAGUCUCACCCACUGCCCUCUUGCCCUGCCUCCCCCUUUCCACACAACACCACCCCCCCAAACUACACCUUCACUCACCACCACACGUCACAUGGAGGCCGUGUUUGAAGGGCACACCAAGUGGGUGCGUUGCGUGUACGCGUCAGCGGACGGCAGACAUGUGUAUUCCGGCAGCCGGGAUGACGUGAUCCGCAUCUGGGACUUGCAGACGCACGCGUGCGUUGCGCAGCUGGAGGGCCACAUCAGUGACGUCAACGCCAUCAGCGAGACGCGGGACGGCUGGUACGUCGUGUCUGGCUGCGGCGUCGUCAUGACCUUUGCGCUCAACCGUGGGCUGGCCGCAAACGCCAUCAAGGUGUGGAGCACGGCGACGCGCGAGUGCGUGGCGACCCUGGAGGGCCACUCCAACUUUGUGUCGUCGAUCACCAUCACCCCAGACGACAAGCACAUCAUCAGCAGCAGCCGCGACAACACAAUCCGCAUCUGGAGCCUGGACACCUUCAAAUGCGAGUGCGUCAUCGAAGAUGCGCACGCCAAAGGUGUUGGCUGCGUCUGCAUCACGGACGACGGCACGCGCGUCAUCUCCGGUGGUGGCGACUACGCCGUCAACGUGUGGCGCCUGGUCACUUCACCGUCGUCGUCCUCCUCCUCCUCAUCGUCAACAGCAACAGCAAGGUCAUCCACCUCCGCCACCCUGUCUCGCAUCGCGUCGAUGGGUGGCCACACGGCAUAUGUCAACGGCCUGUGCCUCGCGGCUUCUGGGUCCCUCAUCGUGUCGGCAUCAGGGGAUAAGACUUUGCGCCUGUGGAAGCUCCCACCACAGGCGGGCAACAACAGCAGCACUGCUCCCACCAAAAAGUCACAGCAGCAGCAGCAGCAGACGAAGGAAGGGGCCAGACAUCUUGUGGGCACGCUGACGGGCCAUCGCAGCGCCGUGACUGCUGUCGCCGUCGUGCCCAACGCCCAGAACAACGUCGUCUCCGUCAGCGAUGACACGACAGUGAAGGUGUGGUGCUUGGAGACACGCACGUGCCUGGCCACGCUGCUGGGGCACACGAGCACGGUGUUCUGUGUUUCCGUGACGCGUGACAGCGAGCACAUUGUCACGGGGAGCGACGAUAACACGGUGCGGGUGUGGCGGGCGCCGUUUGAGGCGCUGGAGACGGUGCGGCUCGCGCCCCAGGACGCCCUCGCCCUGGCCACCAAGGGCGUCUUCACGCACGUGGACGUGCCGGAGAUCCAGCGCGUGCUGCAGCCGGGGGUGCUGUCGCUGAUUGCAUCGGACCCGCCGCGCGCGAUUCGCCUGGCCAUCAAGGGGCUGCUGCCGUACGUUGGGGAGCCCGCGGUGCAGGCGCACCUCCUGCCACACGUGCUCGAUCUCAUCGCAGAGGACCCUCCAGCCGCCAUUGCGCUUGCCCAAUCGGGAAAGCUGCCGUACGCAAGCGUGCCCGAGGUGCAGACGUCGCUGUUCCAGGCGGCAAUUGGCUCCGACAUCAGCCUGGCAGUGGAGAUUGCCAACGACGUGCUGACCCUCCCACCCGCCAACACCUUCCGCACAUAUGUGCCGCGUGCCCGCCUCCGCCCGGGCGACUUCAUUGUCGUUGAUGCGGGCCUGCUGCUGCGGCGUGCGGAGUUUGAGGCGUAUGUUGAGACGCACGAGCGACGCGACGCAACACUCGUGCGCACACAGGUCCUUGACCUCGACAUGCGGGCGCUGUGCGGGGCGCGGCGGCGGUGGCGGUGGUGGUGGUGGUCGCUCAUUGUCGGCGAUGAAGCGGCAGCGAGCAGGAAGGGAUCGCGGUUGAGCGAAAACGCCCAUAUGGACGGCGGGACCGCUGGCUAUCACCACGUGCACACGAGCCACGUCGCCGUUGGAAGCAGCAGCGACAGCACCAGUGGUGCGAAUGGUGGGCACGACAACAGCGCGUCGACUGCCACCACAUCGUUUGCUUCGUCGCCCCCUUCUGCGCCACAGGCAGCCUGGGGUGAUGGCACCACCAACACCAACAGCAGCAGCAGCAACACCAAUGCCAACAGCAGCAGCAACACCAGCAGCAACAGCAGCAGCAACGCCCAGGGUGCCGACCUGGCCUCCUCCCGUGCACCGCUCGUGCCAGCGGUUGGAACGACAGCAAACACCAACGGCACUGCUGCCUUCUCCUCCAUCCCACAGACAGGAGCAGCAGUCGCAGGUGGUACAGGCGAGCCCGCGUCCACGUCUGUGCCCAUGCCGCCCCCCGUGCCGUCAUCGUCGUCCUCAGCACCGUCGUCGUCACUGUUCUCGAGUCUCGUGGCGAGCGGGCGCGCCGAGCUGUUCCAGUACCUCCCGCUGCGGGCGGCGGUGCAGCUGCGGUGGCAGUGCGGUGGUCGAUUUGCGUUUGUGCUGGAGGCCACGCUGCACGUGAUCAUGCUGGCGCUGCUCGUGUUUGUGUCCGUGUCAACACACCAGUGGCCAGCAUCUCUCGACGUCCCCUCCUCCUCCUCCUCAAGCUCCGGCUCGCAGACUAUGAGUACGACUACGACAACAAUGACGACGACAACAGCUGCCACAAGCACCAGCGCGAGUGGACUUGGCGGUGGCAGCACUGACGAUGGCACGGUGGCAAUGCAGAGCGUGGUGUUGGCGAUACUGGUGCUGGCUGCGAUUAGCGGCGCGGACGAGGCGUACCAGCUGUCCCACCGCGCCGCCACCCACUUCUCCAGCCUGUGGAACUGGCUAGACCUUGCACGAACCUCCAUGACGCUUGCAUUUGGUGUGCUGUACCUGCAAGAGAGCAGGGCAGCGCGCACGGUGCUUGCGUUCACGGUUGUCCUGCAGUGGAUUGGCCUUCUCUACUUCCUCCUCCCCUUCCAGCGCACGGGCCCGCUGGUGCUCAUGCUGCUGCAGAUCCUGCGCGACACGUACGUGUUCCUCGCAGUGCUGCUGGUUGUCGUGCUGGGCGCGACCAACAGCCUGUAUGUGUUCCUGCACGAUGCGGGCGGUGGCGGGUUUACGGACGUGGCGCAGGCGCUGUUCACGACGACGACAAUGCUGCUCUUUGGCGGAUACGACGACUCGCUCUUCACCUCUGCCAGCGACAACCUCAGCCUGCGGGUGGUGUUUAUUGCAGUGAUGUUCCUGGUGCUGGUGAUUCUGCUGAACCUUCUGAUUGCCAUCCUGUCGGACUCGUAUGAGCGCAUCCAGGACCGGUCUGCGAUGGAGCUGACGAUGGCCAAGGCCAAGAUCCUGGACGACCAGGAGGCCUCGCUCUUCCUCUGGCUCCGACGCGUCAUGGCCGCUGCGUUUGGCAUCGUCGCCUUUGCCGUCUUCGUUGUCGUCAACGUGCUGACCCUGGGUCGGUUCGAGCAGCGGCUGGCUGGUGCUGUUGGCGAGUAUGUGGGCACGGCCACGCCGGCACCACGCACCCCACCACUGCCAACGAUGGCGACCAGCACCACGACAACAUCAACCCUCCAUGGUAGCACCCAGCAGCAGCAGCGGCGGUACCGGCACCGCCAGCGCCAGGUUGUGGAGUGCAAGGGCACGCGGGAUGUGGCCAAGCUGCUGCUGAUUACGCAGCCGCUGCGUGUUGGCGCGUGGCCGGAGCGCGGGGCAGUGCUGAUACCGGAGCACGCGUCGCAGCUGGCGGAGGACCAGGCGGUGUGGCAGGGCAUGCUGCGGGACAUCAAGGGCCGCGUAGGGCAGGCCGAGGAGCGCAUGGGGGCGCGGGUUGAGGAGCUGGCGAAGAUUGUGGAUAAGCACGUGGGGGACACGCAGCGCAGCAUGAAGGACGUGAGGGCCGCACUCGCACAGCUCGACGCCAAGCUCAACCGCCUCCUCGCUGACUGACGUGCUUUUGUGUGUGUGUGUGUGUGUGUG